AUGGGCAGAGUGGUGAGGUGCAAGAACUUCUCCCAGCAGCCAGUCCUUAGCCUUCCCUGCAACCAUCCCAGCCGGCUCACUGGGGGCCCACGGGCCACCCAGCCGGCUCACUGGGGGCCCACUGGCCACCCAGCCGGCUCACUGGGGGCCCACUGCCCACCCAGCCGGCUCACUGGGAGCCCACCGAGCAUCCCAGCCGGGUCACUGGGAGCCCACCCAGCAUCCCAGCCGGGUCACUGGGAGCCCACCGAGCAUCCCAGCCGGGUCACUGGGAGCCCACCCAGCAUCCCAGCCGGGUCACUGGGAGCCCACCCAGCAUCCCAGCCGGGUCACUGGGAGCCCACCGAGCAUCCCAGCCGGGUCACUGGGAGCCCACCGAGCAUCCCAGCCGGGACACUGGGAGCCCACCGAGCAUCCCAGCCGGCUCACUGGGAGCCCACCCAGCUCACUGGGAGCCCACCGAGCAUCCCAGCCGGCUCACUGGGAGCCCACCGAGCAUCCCAGCCGGCUCACUGGGAGCCCACCGAGCAUCCCAGCCGGGUCACUGGGAGCCCAUCGAGCAUCCCAGCCGGCUCACUGGGAGCCCACCCAGCAUCCCAGCCGGCUCACUGGGAGCCCACCCAGCAUCCCAGCCGGGUCACUGGGAGCCCACCCAGCAUCCCAGCCGGGUCACUGGGGGCCCACCCAGCAUCCCAGCCGGGUCACUGGGAGCCCACCGAGCAUCCCAGCCGGCUCACUGGGAGCCCACCCAGCAUCCCAGCCGGGUCACUGGGAGCCCACCGAGCAUCCCAGCCGGCUCACUGGGAGCCCACCGAGCAUCCCAGCCGGGUCACUGGGAGCCCACCGAGCAUCCCAGCCGGCUCACUGGGAGCCCACCGAGCAUCCCAGCCGGCUCACUGGGAGCCCACCGAGCAUCCCAGCCGGGUCACUGGGAGCCCACCCAGCAUCCCAGCCGGGUCACUGGGGGCCCACCGAGCAUCCCAGCCGGGUCACUGGGAGCCCACCCAGCAUCCCAGCCGGGUCACUGGGAGCCCACCCAGCAUCCCAGCCGGGUCACUGGGAGCCCACCCAGCAUCCCAGCCGGGUCACUGGGAGCCCACCCAGCAUCCCAGCCGGGUCACUGGGAGCCCACCCAGCAUCCCAGCCGGGUCACUGGGGGCCCACCCAGCAUCCCAGCCGGGUCACUGGGAGCCCACCCAGCAUCCCAGCCGGGUCACUGGGAGCCCACCCAGCAUCCCAGCCGGGUCACUGGGAGCCCACCCAGCAUCCCAGCCGGGUCACUGGGAGCCCAGCCGGGUCACUGGGAGCCCACCGAGCAUCCCAGCCGGGUCACUGGGAGCCCACCGAGCAUCCCAGCCGGGUCACUGGGGGCCCACCGAGCAUCCCAGCCGGGUCACUGGGGGCCCACCCAGCAUCCCAGCCGGGUCACUGGGAGCCCACCGAGCAUCCCAGCCGGGUCACUGGGAGCCCACCCAGCAUCCCAGCCGGGUCACUGCCCACCCAGCAUCCCAACCCACCCAGCAUCCCAGCCGGGUCACUGGGAGCCCACCGAACAUCCCAGCCGGGUCACUGGGAGCCCACCGAGCAUCCCAGCCGGGUCACUGGGGGCCCACCGAGCAUCCCAGCCGGGUCACUGGGGGCCCACCCAGCAUCCCAGCCGGGUCACUGGGAGCCCACCGAGCAUCCCAGCCGGGUCACUGGGGGCCCACCCAGCAUCCCAGCCGGGUCACUGGGAGCCCACCGAGCAUCCCAGCCGGGUCACUGGGAGCCCACCCAGCAUCCCAGCCGGGUCACUGGGAGCUUCUCUUAAAGUUUCAAAACCAUCAUCAACAAACAUUGAAAGAAAUGAGUAUAUCCUCCGGAAGAUCAUUUACGUAUAUCAGAAACACGAUGGGUCCAAGUAUAGAACCCUGUAGGACUCCGCAGACUAAAACUCUGCUUAAAUAUGGAGAAAAACUGCUUAAAUAUGGAGAAAAACUGCUCAAAUAUGGAGAAAAACUGCUCAAAAAUGGAGAAAAACUGCUCAAAAAUGGAGAAAAACUGCUCAAAUAUGGAGAAAAACUGCUCAAAUAUGGAGAAAAACUGCUCAAAAAUGGAGAAAAACUGCUCAAAAAUGGAGAAAAACUGCUGAAAUAUGGAGAAAACUACUCAAAUAUGGAGAAAAACUGCUCAAAAAUGGAGAAAAACUGCUCAAAUAUGGAGAAAAACUACUCAAAUAUGGAGAAAAACUGCUCAAAUAUGGAGAAAAACUACUCAAAUAUGGAGAAAAACUGCUCAAAAAUGGAGAAAAACUGCUCAAAAAUGGAGAAAAAUAGCACAGAACUCUCUGAGAUAGAAAAAAUACACCCAAACACACUCAAAUAUAGAGAAAAUACCACAAAAUCCGCUCGAAUGUGA